AUGCCGCCCCGGCGCCGCGACCGCUGCCUCCCGCUGCUGCUGCUGCUGCUGGCGGGGAACAUCUGGCCCGCGCCGGGCAAGUCUCCGGGGGAGCCGCCCAGCCCGCAGGAGGUGCUGAUCAAAGUCCAGGUGUAUGAGAACAGCGACCUCUCCCCGCUGGCCCACGCUGCUGUGGAAGUGUAUGGGAACCAGACGUCACUGGCGUCAGGCUCCACAGACCAUGAGGGCGUCGGGAUGCUGCCCGUCAGCUACCGCCUGGGCACCUGGAUCCUGGUCACCGCCGCCAAGCGCGGCUUCGUCACCAACUCUGUGCCCUGGCGGGUCGAGAAGCUGCCAUUGUAUGCCUCUGUCAGCCUGUAUCUGCUCCCGGAGCGGCCCGCCACCCUCAUCCUCUAUGAGGACUUGGUGCAGAUCUUGCUGGGAUCACCAGGGGCCAAGAGUCAGCCGUGGGUGCAGUUUCAGCGCAAGGCGGCCCGGCUGCCCCGCAGCUCCACCUACAGCCAGCUCUCCGCCUCCCUGACGGCCGCCAGCGGGGCCCACGACAUGCGGGGCUUCCCCUCCUUCAUCGGGGCUGAGAGCAACGGCAGCGCCAACAGCACCUGGCUGGAGCUGGUUCCCAUCGCCGCUGUCAGCGUCCACCUCUUCACGGGGAAUGGCACCGAGGUGCAGCUAUCAGGCCCCGUGCACCUGUCCAUCCCGCUGCCUCCCGACACCAGUGCCACCACUGCCACCAGCGUGCCCGCCUGGAGGUUCGACACCAAGAGCGGCCUUUGGCUCCGAAAUGGAACAGGGCUGAUCAGGAAGGAGGGGCGCCAGCUGUACUGGACGUUCGUCUCACCCCAGCUGGGGUACUGGGCUGCUGCUCUGCCCUCCCCCACCACAGGGCUGGUGGCGCUGGCGUCGGGAAUGAAGGACAUCACCACAUACCACACCAUCUUCCUGCUCACCAUCCUGGGGGCGCUGGCGCUGCUGGUGCUGAGUCUGCUCUGUCUGCUCAUCUACUACUGCAGGCGCAGGUGCCUGAAACCCCGACAGCAGCACAGGAAGCUGCAGCUGUCUGGGCCGCUGGAUGCCUCGAAGCGAGACCAGGCCACCUCCAUGUCCCAGCUCAACCUGAUCUGCACCAGCCACCUGGAGACAGCCUCAUCGGCUGGUGACACCGACGUGCACACGCCCAUCCUCAAGUCAGCCUUCUCCAGCUCCCGCGAGCUGGGCAGCUCCCGUGAGGAGUUCUUCCGUCACAAGCUGCGGCAUGUCAGCAAGGCCUCCACGGAGACGCUGAGCCAGCGGGGUGCCCCCAAGGAGGAGUACCCGCGUCCUGGGGAGAGCUUCUCGCUCAAGGCCGCGCGCUCCGUGGACGGCCCGGGCGUGCUGGAGCCCCCCUUGCUGGAGGAAUACAAGCGCAGCUUCUCCCACCAGCGCGUGGAGGACAAGGGCAGCGAGCCGCCGCGGAAGCACUCAAGGAAUGAGAGCAAGCCCUACCUCCAGGAGCCGCCCUCCCCACCGCCCCUGCCACCCCCCUUUGACCACUACGUGGGCCACAAGGGGGAGCCCAAGCCCCCCGACUUCAUGCUGUCGCAGUCCGUGGACCACCUGGCCAGGCCCACCUCGCUUACCCAGCCGGGGCAGCUCAUCUUCUGCGGCUCCAUCGACCACAUGAAGGACAGCGUGUACCGCAACGUCAUGCCCACCUUGGUCAUCCCAGCCCACUACAUGCGCCUGGCGUCGGAUUACCCCUCCGGGGAGCAGGCCCUGGCCGGCCCGGCGGAGAGCCAGCCCGAGAUGGAGGGGCUGCCCAGCCAGGCCGGGAUGACCAUCCCGCACCAGUUCGGGCCCCAGGACCAGCAGCGACAGCUCCUCCAGCAGCAGCUCCAGCUGCAGCACCAGCAGGGCGAGGACUCGGAGGGCAAGGGCUGGGGGGCACACUCCUCCUCGGUCAGCGGCUCCGUCACCAUCCCAGUGCUGUUCAACGAGUCCACCAUGGCCCAGCUGAACGGGGAGCUGCAGGCGCUGACGGAGAAGAAGCUGCUGGAACUGGGGGUGAAGCCCCACCCGCGGGCCUGGUUCGUCUCGCUGGAUGGGCGCUCCUCCCAGGUCCGCCACUCCUACAUCGACCUGCAGGGCAGCGAGAAGAGCCGGAGCAAUGACGCCAGCCUGGACUCGGGCGUGGACGUCCACGAGGCCAACCCCACAAGCGAGCCAAGGAGGAGCGGGAGCGGCCCCCCCGCCCCCCCCACCUACUCCAAGCUGGCCUUCCCUGACGACCCGGAGCAGAGCAACAGCGAGAGCCGCACGGCCAUCUGCUCCCCCGAGGACAACUCCCUGACGCCCCUGCUGGACGAGACGGCCGAGGCCCGGGCCGCCACCAUCCCUCGCCGGGGCCGCAGCCGGGGCACCAGCUCCCGCAGCAGCGCCAGCGAGCUGCGCCGGGACUCCAUGAGCAGCCCUGAGGACGAGCUGACUGACCCGGCCGAGGGUGGCGACGAGCCGGGGGACAGGAAGAGCCCCUGGCAGAAGCGCGAGGAGCGCCCGCUCAUGGUCUUCAAUGUGAAGUAAGAAGGGGGGCCCGCGCCCCCUCCUGGAGCCGGCGCCAGCCCCUGGGGGCAGAGGAGGGGGCAGGGCUGGAUGCCAGCGCCUCAUGGGGAGGCCCCUGGUACCAGGGGGCAACGCCAGACCAGGACCCCAAAGACCCCCCUCCACCUGAGGGCUGAGCUCUGUGGGGGAGCAGGGGACCCAUGCUGGGAGGCAGUGGGACUGACCCCCAGGGCAGUCCAGAUGGAGAACCAGUGACCUGCUCCCCUGCAGCUGGGCACUGUCCGUCGCACCCCCCUGCCAUUCGAGGGACGGCCCAGAGCAGGGAGGAGACACUGUGGCAGCAGGACAGGGCAGGGGGCUGAUCUCCCCACCACCAGGACCAUCUGUCGGGGCUGCUGCAUGCCGGGCCCCCCUGGGGGAUGGUUGACUUGAGGACUCAGCAGCCACCCCCGCCAGCUCGAGCCCAGGGGGCAGGGUGAAGGGAUUGAGUUGGGUGGGGGGCACGGCCUGGGGCAGCCUGGCCCAGCCCAUUUCCAAGCACACUCCAGGGGGCCUGGGCAGACCAUCCAGGGAAGCGAUGCCCAAGCGGAGCUCCCCACCCCCGGGGAGAGCACGGAGCCAGAGCAAACUGCGGCUGCUCCCCCCGACACCAGGCUGGAAGGGUUAAGAGCACCCGGCCCCUGCUGCCGUCUGUACAGCUCCAGGGUGUGUGGAACAUCUGAGGAUGGUGCCCACCGACUGGCACCUCGCUGUCCAGCUCCAGCUGCACCUGCCUGCCCAGGGAGAGGCAGCCCCACACCUCGCCUGGGGCAGCCUGAGCUGCGGCAAAGCAGAGCCCAGCCCUGCCUGACUCCGGUGGCUGCAGCAGGUGCUGGGGCAGUGGGGCAGGUGCAUGGGGGCUGCCAGUGGAGCCUGACCUUUGUCUGCAUCUCUAACGUUCCUGCCAAACACCCUGGGGCUGCGUGGAGCCUCCUCCGGCCCCGCCUGGAGCCCCGCAGUGCCAGCCGCACUCAGCUCCCCACCUUCUUCUCCAAGUGCCUUUGUGCCCUGCGCUGCAGGGCGAGUGGCACAGCUGGGCCGUGUGCGCAGAGCCGGCUAAACCCUCCUCGGUCCUAAUCUGCUUUCCCCAGGCUGGCUGCUGCCUCCAGCGAGGGCUGGGGGGUGGCAGCAUCCCACCACGCAGACUGGGAGCUGCCUGGAGAGCCAGCCUGGGAUCCCCCCACGGCCAGGGGCUCAGCCAGCCCUACCCUAUAUAAGGGGGAGGGGAUUCAGCAGGUGUGUAGGCUCUCCCCAUACCCUGGCCUGGGCUGUGGGGCAGGGCCCCGGGGGCUUCAUUCUCAAGGCACUUCCUGCGGCACCUGCUAGUGCUGCCGUGGGGUGCAGCUGCACUGGGGCAGAGAAGCAGCUGCUGUUGGCUUCUGCACCCAGGCAGGCCCUAGCGGGGGCUCUGGAGCAGAGUGGGGAGAUCCCUGGGGAAUAAAACACCCACCUGUGGCUUUUAUUUUCA